AUGUUUCUUAGGACAUCAAGGAGGCUUUUUACAUCUACGGCGGGGGUGGGGGCGGGGGCGGGGGAGAUACCUUCUAGGAAUGAUUUUACGCAUUGUGUCAUAGGAGCGGGAGUUGUGGGCUUAGCUGUCGCCAGACAAUUAUCCAAAAGGCCAGGAACAAGUACGUUAUUACUUGAGCGACACAAAGCAAUUGGUACAGAGACUUCGUCCAGGAAUUCCGAGGUGAUCCACGCGGGCCUCUACUACCCACCCAACAGCCACAAAACCACGCUCUGUAAGACCGGCAGCGCCCUUCUCUACGCCCUCUGCGAAAAGUACCACAUCCCCUACCGGCGGACCGGCAAAUGGAUACUAGCGCAAGACUCCAGCCAACUCGAAUCCCUCGAGCGCUUGCAUGCUCACGCCCGCGCUCUCUCCAUCCCUAUGACAUGGCUUACGUCCGAGCAAGCGCGCUCGCGGGAACCCGCCGUCCGGGCGGAAGCCGGAGUUCUCGAGUCACCGCUGACUGGCAUAGUAGACUCGCACGCGCUGAUGACGUUCCUGCACGGCGAUUUCGAGAGUGCCGGCGGUGACUUUGCUAAGGGCGCGCGGGUGGUCGACGUCCAGACGAUUGGAUCCGGCGGGGAUAUGGGGUAUAGGGUUGCCGUGGAUUAUUGUGGGCAGGGCGGUGGUGGUGGGGAGUUUAGUAUUUCUGCGGAUGUAUUGGUUAAUGCAGCGGGCCUGUCCGCCAUUGACAUCUCAAAUAUGAUUUUGCGGAGCCACCCGGAGAGGCUAUUGCAGGCUUACUUUUGCAAGGGAACGUACUUCUCCUACUCUGCUCCCACGCCCAAAGUCAGGACUUUGCUGUACCCCACGCCGAUCAAAGGCUUCGCCGGGCUCGGCACCCAUCUGACCGUUGAUAUGGCCGGGCGUGUCAGGUUCGGGCCCGACGUGGAGUGGGUGUCGGAGCCGAGCGACCUGAAACCCAACGGGAGUAGGGUGGCCGCGGCGAUUGCUGCUAUAAAGACUUAUUUGCCCGGGCUGCGUGAGGCUGCGCUCGCACCGGAUUAUUGUGGGAUGAGGCCCAAGCUGGUGCCUGAAGGAAAGGGUGGGGUUGGGCAGGUGGACUUUAUCAUUCGGGAGGAGGAGGGGUAUGGUGGAUUUGUGAAUCUACUAGGGAUUGAGAGUCCUGGACUUACUUCUUCGUUAGCAAUUGCAGAGAUGGUUGAUGGGAUUUUGUACAGGUGA